AUGAAGCAUCAAGAGGAGGACGCAGAUGGACCAGGCCAAGAAACUGUAGGCGGCAGCUCUCUGACGACUACGACCCCGACCACCGGCCACUCUUCUCUUAAUUUGAGCAGUGUGGUCCAGCUGCGUCCCGAUCCCAAUGACGGAAGCAUGGUUCAAACCAGUGUAAUAUCGGUCCCGGGAUACCAGACGCCUCCAGUUCGCAAGUGGGGGUUGCGCAAUGAGCUUGAAAGCGCGGCGCUCGCCGUGGACGCGCUCUCCCGAUUGCAUAUCUAUAUCCACCGGCCGGCAUUUGAUGAGGAAGACGUCUUCUCGUGGGAGAAGUUCCUCGCGGCCGGAAAUGAUCUGGCGGAAGAUGUCGCGCGACUCUCUACGGAGGUACCAGAGUCCUGGCCCAGAUAUAGCCUUAUGAACCACGAAUUAACAUCCUCUGGGCAGUUUCCCGAACGGCCGAUUAUCUUCAUUGCACAUUCUCUAGGAGGGGUUCUGCUGAAGAAGGCACUGCUAUUAACGCAUCAAAACAUCCAUGACAAACGAUUCAAGCUUGUCGUGGACUGCCUCUCUGGGAUCUUGUUCCUGGGCACGCCACAUUGCGGCACCAACGACGAUGACACCCUGCUCCGUCACAACCGAGUCCUGCAUAAUUGCGCCAAAUUCGCCAUGCAGAGACGCUCGUCCCGACUACCAGCAAAGGACGUCUUCCAGCUCGCUAACCUGGCCGCAACCUUUCAACAGAUCGCUACGAUCCCCGUCCUCUCCGUAUACGAAACACACUAUCAACGGACCGCCCACCGCUCACUGACGAUUGAUAUGCCCCAGGUCCUAGUGGACAAGGAGACGGCCACAGUUUCCGCUCAGAUAGAGCAUUUUCUGGGCGUGCACCUCUCGCAUAUGGAACUAUGCAACCUCUCGAAGCUUCGAGACCAAACCUACUCCGCGCGAGAGUUCCUCCGUUCCUUACUCGAGGCUAUCUCCACAAGCAGAAGACCUUCGGAUGAGCCCAGCAGUUCAGGUUAUGACCCGCUCAAUCCGUUAAAUCUGGCCGAUAUCGAACCUCCCGAAAGGAUUCGAGGAGCAUCACUCCACGGCGAUGUGCGCACUAUCGGCUCGUCCAGCGAAUCCAUUCGAACCAGCCAACGACUCCCUCGUCGCCUCCGCCACGUCCCGUCCAACUCGGACCGCCUCCUCCAGUCGCGGACGUGCCGACUCCCCUGUUUCUCCCUGGCGAGCUACUCGCGUAAUGCCGACUUCAUCGGUCGAACAGGGGUCUUCUCACGAAUGGACAAAUACCUCCUUCCACGCCCCCCGCCCACAGACACGGGUGAUGCCCAAACCAGUCGCGUCUUCUCCCUCUGUGGCAUGGGCGGGGUGGGCAAAACCGACCUCGCAAUCGAAUACGCCUACACCCGCCAGGACGCAUUCGGCGCGGUCUUCUGGCUCGAAGCGGGCGGCGUCUCGCAACUCAUCUCCGACUUCGCUGGCAUUUCCAUCAAGCUGGGACUCGAAAGCCCGGAAGAAGCGCAGGAUUUGGAGUCCAGCCGCGCCAUCGUGAAAGCAUGGCUGAACAACCCGUCCAAAACGCCGAACAGGACGGGUGACCCCAGCCAGACCAAUUACUCUUGGCUGCUGAUCUUCGACAAUGCGGACACCCUUGAUAUCAUCGCCGACUACAUCCCCUACUAUGGAAACGGCUCCAUCCUGAUCACCAGCCGGGACCCCUUCGCUAAAACCCACUUCUUCUCCAACGGACAGGGAAUCGAUCUCGAACCCCUCCCGACUGGGGACGCGGCGUAUCUUCUCCGACGGCUGACCAAAGGCACCGACGAAACCCCGGAUAGGGAAGAGCACCAAGCCUCCGUGAAGGUCGCGACACAGCUCGACGGGCUACCGCUGGCCAUGACGCAAAUGGCCGGAUUUAUCCGCCGUCGGCACCUGACCAUCAGCGAGUACGUCGAGCUAUAUGCGUCAGAUGCGCGAUAUGCCGAUGUGCGCACAAUUGGGAACCCCAUGCAGGAUAACCGAUACGGCCACACGCUAGCAACGGCGUACAGCUUCGAAGGGCUCGGAAAGCAUUCCACCAGGUUGCUGAAAUCGCUGGCGUUCAUGAACCCAGAUCGCGUCCAGGAGGAGAUCUAUCUGGGUGCGCGACGACUGGGAAGGCCUGAGGACGGUGGUGACGACGGAGAGGGUCGAGUGUGGACGGCGCCGGAUUUCGAGAGCGCCCGGUACGAACUCCUUGGUUCGUCGAUCAUCAAGCGGAACAUCGACAAGAAGGAGCUCUGGAUCCAUCGGGUCAUCCAGGCCGAGGUGCGGGCACGCAUGGACAAACGGACGCGGUACGAGACCUUCCGGCAAGUCCUGGCGUUGCUCACCAAGGCGUGGCCGCCGGGAGAUCUCUGCAGUCAGGCGAGCGAGCGAUGGGCCAUCUGCGAGAAGCUGUUCCCGCAUCUGGAACGGUUCUACCAGAUUUACAACGAGCAUGCCACAGACUGGGGGAACUUCGAGAUCGAUCCCAUCUUCCCGACGCUCUUGAACGAAGCAGCGGUCUACCUCCACGAACGGGGCUUCUCCCACGAGGGCAAGAUGUAUCUCCAACUCGCUCUUGACCUAUGCGAACGCGGGAACAUCACCAGCGAGCCACUCAUCAGCGACAUGCAUCUCACCAUGGGGGCGCUAUGCAACGAAACCAACGAUGCGGAAGGCUGUCUCGAGCACAACAUCCUCUGUCUGGCUCUGCGUAAGGCCGAAUCGGUACGGAAAAAGACCCCCGAUCUGCGCCUCGCAUUCGCCCACAGCCAGAUGGGCAUCGCGUACAUGAUGAUUCGGAAGUUCGCUCUCGCCACGGAGUACUUCAAGCAGUGUGUGGAGAUGCUGAAGGGGCUGGAAGUUGACGUCGACGAGUUUGGAUUCCCGUCGUGUAACCUCGGCCUGGCGUAUUGGGUACAGGGGCAGCACGAGACGGCGGAUCAGGUGCUGACGGAUCUACUACAGCAGCGCGAGGAGCGGCAUGGGAAGUUGGAUCGGGUUUCGUACAAGUACAUCUUCCCCCCUCCCCACGGGACCGGUAGAGUGCUCCAGGCGCUGGGGAAUGUGAAAGCCAGCCGGGCGAAGCAACUCGAGGCGCGGGGGAUGGACGCCGAGGCGAAGAGUCUGUGGGAUGAGGUGUUCUACCUGCACUCGGAGUGUCUGAAACAAUACGAAGCCACGCUGGGGCUGUUCAACCACCGCACCGCUGAUGCCUGUCACAAGCUCGCAGAGUACCAUAUCCGAUUUGGACAAGAUGAUCUCGCACAGGAAUAUCUCGAUCGCGCGCUCGGCAUCUGGGGAGACCGGCAGUGGUUUCGAAACGAGUCCGCACGCUCGUCCUUCCUCCGCGGGACGCAUCUGCAGUCGAUGGGAGGCAAGCAGAAUGUUGAGGAAGGUAAGCGACUGGUCGAGCGGGCAGUCGCACUCCGAAAGCAGAUCUUGCUGGAUAAGUCAGGUAAGAAAGACCUUGAGAUGGAGGACUUUGAUGACUUGGUUUGUUUUUGGUCGAUCUGA